AUGUGAAUCAGACGUGAUGAGGAGGCGGUUCAUUCUCCGGGCGACAGCCUUCGCCAUCUAAAUCUACUCCAGCAACCCUAUCGGACUAAUCAGAGCCACUCGAGCCUCGCCGCCGGUACCCAAUGGCCAACCCACUACCCAUCCCCCGCUUCCUCUAUGGAACCGCGUGGAAAAAAGACGAAACCCACAGCCUCGUCAAAACCGCAAUCCUGCAAGGAUUCCGCGGCAUCGACACCGCCUGCCAGCCAAAGCACUACAACGAGCCCCAAGUCGGCAACGCCAUCGCCGAAGUCACUCAGAACCACAACAUCCCGCGCUCCGAACUUUUCAUUCAGACGAAAUUCACGUCAUUGGAUGGACAGGACCCGCUGCGUAUCCCGUACGAUAAGCACGCGACGCUGGAGGAGCAGGUCACGCAGUCGUUCAAUGUGUCGUUGAAGAACCUGAAGGUCUCGUACAUUGACUCGCUGGUGCUUCAUUCGCCGAUGAGGACAUUGGAGGACACGCUGCGAGUUUGGCGGGUUUUGGAGGGGUUCAAGCAGCAGAAUAAGGUGCAUUACCUGGGCAUCUCCAACGCGUACAAUCUGCGGUUUCUCCAGCAAUUGUAUCAGCAAGUCUCCGUGAAACCGUCGUUUAUACAAAACAGAUUCUAUCGCGAGACGGGCUGGGAUCGCGACAUUAGAAGCUGGGCUAAAGAGGUCAAUAUCAAAUAUCAGAGCUUUUGGACGCUCACUGGCAAUCCAAAUGUGCUGGCGUCGCCUGUGAUUGCUCGCAUCGCGAAAGCCAGGGAAUGCUCCCCAGAGCAGGUUAUGUACAAGGUCUUGAUACAGACGGGGAUCGUUCCACUGAAUGGCACAAAGAACGUGACACACAUGAAGGAGGAUUUGGCGAUCCUGCAGUGGGAGAACUGGUCAGACGAGGAGAUCGAUGCCGUUUUGGCCUUAGUUGGCGGAAAGUAGGCCGCUGCGUGCUGGCAUGACGUACGUGAUAUGGCCCCUCGAUGUAAUGCCCUCUACAAAAUGUAGGUAGUUAUGCAAGCGUAGGAAGUAGGUCUAGUCUUCGAUCAGGCGCACGAUUAUGUACAUAUCUCAUACGAAUGGUGACAUAAAAAACAUGGUAUACGGCAGGCUGCGACUAUGGUGGAAAGAAAUG